AUGGAGAAGUACCAAAAACUCGAAAAAAUCGGCGAAGGGACGUACGGCGUUGUGUACAAAGCCCAGGACCACACAGGGGAAAUCUCUGCGCUGAAAAAGAUCCGUCUCGAAGCGGAAGAUGAGGGCAUCCCUUCUACAGCGAUUCGGGAAAUUUCUCUGCUGAAGGAGCUUCACCAUCCAAACAUCGUUCGCCUACGGGAUGUGAUUCACACGGAUCGGCGACUCACGCUCGUCUUCGAGUACCUCGAUCAGGAUCUCAAAAAACUUCUCGACGUUUGCGAUGGGGGUUUGGAGCCGAGCACCACCAAGUCCUUUCUCUUCCAACUGCUCUGCGGGAUCGCGUACUGCCACGAGCACCGCGUCCUGCAUCGCGACUUGAAGCCACAGAACUUGCUGAUCAACCGCGAGGGCGCGCUAAAACUCGCCGACUUCGGCCUCGCUCGCGCCUUUGGCAUUCCGGUGCGCAGCUACACCCACGAGGUUGUCACGCUGUGGUACAGAGCCCCGGACGUCCUGAUGGGCUCGAAGACGUACUCCACGCCUGUCGACAUUUGGAGCGUCGGCUGCAUUUUCGCAGAAAUGGUGAACGGACGCCCGCUUUUCCCCGGAACUGGCAACGAAGACCAGCUGAUCAAGAUUUUCAAAGUUCUCGGCACGCCCCAGGUGUCGGAGCAUCCGCAACUUGCGGAACUGCCGCACUGGAACCGCGACUUCCCUCAGUUUCCUCCCCUCCCGUGGGAUCAAGUGGUUCCGAAGCUCGACCCUCUCGGGACGGAUCUGCUGUCCAGGAUGCUCCGCUUUGAUAGUAACCAGCGGAUAUCUGCGCGGCAGGCGAUGCAACAUCCUUAUUUCUCCGAUUUGCCGGACAACAUCAAACGCCUCGCGAACUUUCGGGGCGAAUAA